AUGUGCGGGUUGCUCAGUAGGCAGACCAUGCCUGUGGAUAUCAAUAGGUUGACUGAGGGGUGGCUUGAGCUUGAGAGUGAUCCAGGUCUCUUCACACUGCUCUUAGAAGAUUUUGGUGUGAAAGGGGUACAAGUGGAGGAGAUUUAUGAUAUCCAAAAACCCUUUGAUGGUCCAGUAUAUGGAUUCAUCUUCUUGUUUCGGUGGAUAGAGGAGCGCCGAUCAAGACGCAAGAUGGCAGAGGACGAUGAGACGUUUGUGCGAGACGAGGACACCAUCAACAACAUGUUUUUUGCCCACCAGGUUGUGCCUAACAGCUGUGCAACACAUGCCUUGCUCUCAGUCCUGCUCAACUGGUCUGGGAUCCACCUGGGAGGGACCCUGACUCGUCUUCAAGCACUCACUGGGGGGAUGAGCCCAGAGAAUAAAGGCUGGGCCAUUGGGAAUACUCCUGAACUGGCCCAUGCUCACAAUGCCCAUGCUUCCCCACAGGCAAGACGGCCACGAAUCAUUUCAGCGUCUUCACAUCUGCCUUCCUCUGGACGUGCAUCUGCAGAAGCCUUUCACUUUGUGAGUUAUGUGCCAAUUAAGGGUCGCCUUUAUGAAUUGGAUGGGCUGAAGCCAUUCCCAAUUGAUCAUGGUCCUUGGGAUCAGGGCGAGGACUGGACUGAGAAGUUUCGAUCUGUGAUCACACAUCGUCUCACCAAUGCCACUAGUGACAUUCGGUUCAACCUGAUGGCUGUGGUCUCUGACAGACGUAUGUCCUACAACACGAAGCUUCGGAACCUACGAAAAAACAAAGAAAUUGCUGUGAAUGCACUGAGAGAGAAGCUGCACACUUUCACAAUCACCCCAAAGGAACCUGAAAUGGAAGGUCUUUUGAAACCAGUGACCUCACUGUCGCCUAGUGCUUCAGCAAUGAAUGGUUUGCCAGAGACAGAAUCUCUAUCUUCCCCUGCUGAUGAGUCAGGAAGUGAAGAAGGAGCCAAAGUGGAAGGCUUUAGUGUGAAGGACCUGGUGGCCUUCAUUCGAUCCCUGGAUGAAGAGAUCACUCAGCACGAGGAGAAAUUGAAGGAUGAGAUGGAGAAGCGACGCAAGUACCGCGUGGAUGACUGUCGACGGACACACAACUAUGAUGCUUUUGUCAAGACCUUUCUUUCCAUGUUGGCAUCUCAGGGAACCCAGCUGGAAGAACUGCUACAAGCCCAAAUCACAGCCAAGAAGCAGAAGAAGCUGCCAGUUAAGCACUUUGUAAGGCACAUGAGACAGCAAGGAAUUGCUGUGCCCUCAUCCUUGCAGCGGAGGAGGGGACGGCCUCGAAAAAGGAGAGCAUGAUAUGUAUGAUGAGUAAAUAUCUUGCUAAGAGGUCCUUCAAGAUGAAAUACCUACCAAUGUGAAAUGUUUAAAUGUGAUUCAUCUUUCAGUUGUCCAGUAUUAAAACAACA